AUGGACGGUGAUGCUGAUGUUUCUUUGUUUUUCCUAACCCGCAGGAAAAAUGAGUUGGAGUUCGGAAUUGAACCGGAGGACUUAGGCGGUGGCCAUACGGACAUCGUUGGUCCAUAUGAGGAGUGGAGGAGUACGUACGAAGCAAUUAAAGCAGAGAAAGUGCUUCGGAUGGAGUUUAGUAGUCCAGAAGAAGCACGGAAGUUCUACAACGAUUAUAGUCGAGUAAAGGGUUUUGCGACGAGGCAGGGGAAGAAGAUUAAGAAUAUUUCUGGGAAAAUUGUUCGGUACACAUUUGUUUGCAACAGAGAAGGAUUUAGACACAAGAAGUGGUUGGAAAAGAGCGAUCGUAAGUGA